GCUCUGGGCUGCGGCCGGCUCGGCGACGCUCCUCGGGCAGCUCACUGCAUGGUCGUCUGGUGCCCCCGCCGCCUGCAUCGCCGCCGCCGCCGCCCCGCGACGCCCACCGCCGCCUGCCCUGCCGCCGCCGCCUGUGCCGCCUCGGGACCGGCUGUAUGAUUAGGCCACAAUCUUCAAUGAGUAGACAUAUUCCUCAGUUCUGUGGUGUUCUCGGUCACACAUUUAUGGAGUUUCUGAAGGGCAGUGGAGAUUACUGCCAGGCACAGCACGACCUCUAUGCAGACAAGUGAACUGUAGAAAUUCAUUACUACUCCACCAAGAAGCCCCCAUAAGAGUGGAUACCUGGACACAGACGUGUUGAAUUGAAAUCUGCAGAGCAUUUUACAAGAGCUCAGACCUGGAUGGGGUAGACCUCAGUGCACUUCCUUUGUAUUGCCUCAGUAUUACUGGAUUGAAGAAUCACUGCUUCUUGUUAGGAGGUUCAUUUCAUUGCCCAUUUCUCCCAAUUUCAUACUAAAAGCACUGAGAAUUUCAAGUGGAGUAUAUUGAAUAUUGAAGUAGACUUCAGGUUGUUUUCUUUUUGUUUGUUUUUGAUUUUUUUUUUGCAUCAUUUCUGUAUUCAAUUUUUUAAUUCCUUCGUAACCCUAUUGGGUGUUUUUUUUUUUUAAACUAAAUUAACAUGGCUCGAAUGAACCGCCCUGCUCCUGUGGAAGUCACAUACAAGAACAUGAGAUUCCUUAUUACACACAAUCCAACCAAUGCGACCUUAAACAAAUUUAUAGAGGAACUUAAGAAGUAUGGAGUUACCACAAUUGUAAGAGUGUGUGAAGCAACUUACGACACUACUCUCGUGGAGAAAGAAGGCAUUCGUGUUCUUGACUGGCCUUUUGAUGAUGGUGCACCACCAUCCAACCAGAUUGUUGAUGACUGGUUAAGUCUUGUAAAGAUUAAGUUUCGUGAAGAACCUGGCUGCUGUAUUGCUGUUCAUUGUGUUGCAGGCCUUGGCAGAGCUCCAGUGCUUGUUGCCCUAGCAUUAAUUGAAGGUGGAAUGAAAUAUGAAGAUGCAGUACAGUUCAUAAGACACGGCGUGGAGCUUUUAACAGCAAGCAACUUUUGUAUCUGGAGAAGUACCGUCCUAAGAUGCGGCUGCGCUUCAAGGAUUCCAAUGGUCAUAGAAACAACUGUUGUAUCCAAUAAAACUGGGGUGCCUGAUGCCAUUGUCUUGGAAGUGGAACUUCAGAUGGGACCUGAUUUGUCAUACAUAAUUAGCCAACAUGUUGGCUUAUUGAAUAAGUCUGCUGAAGCUUCCACGGGAAUAUUGAAAACCAGUCUUACCAGGCCACAAGCUUGACAGAAUUGCAUCCUCUAUAUUUGGGUUAUGAUCAACCUGUUUGGACACUUAGCAAAAGAUCUUUGCUGUUCAGCAUUUAAAAUGUGCUUAUUAUUUGUACCAAUUGACCCUUCCUAAAAUAUGGUAUUGAGUUAUGUCCUUAUAUGUACCAUGUGCCAGAGUAUUAUUAGUAUAUAAGGAAUUUAGAAAGAUUAGGUGCCAAAAUACCCAUCACAAUACCUAUAUAUUUUUAGCA